UCCAUCCCCUCCACCUCCCGCGCUUCCCUUUGCUGUGAGAUUUGAACUUUCCAAGUGUGAUUCGGGGAUACUGGUUUGUCCCUCCGGGGUUGCGUCGCCACUUUAUUCCACAAACGCUCCAUCCCGAGGUCCUUGCCAUGGCCCCUCUCGGAAGAAAGCGUAAGGCCGGGGCUGCGCCUAUCGAGACGGUGGACAAGCGCGAGAAACUGGCGGAGGGCGCGACCGUGGUCAUUGAACAUUGUACGAGCUGACGCGUCUACGGCCGCCAUGCUGCUGCCCUGAGCCAGGCUCUGCAACUGGAGGCCCCAGAGCUACCUGUGCAAGUGAACCCGUCCAAACCGCGAAGGGGCAGCUUCGAGGUGACGCUGCUGCGCCCCGACAACAGCCGAGUUGAACUCUGGACUGGUAUUAAGAAGGGCCCUCCACGAAAGCUCAAAUUUCCUGAGCCCCAAGAGGUGGUUGAAGACUUGAAGAAGCACCUUUCGUAAAGAGGUUGUUGGCAAAGAGUCCUCAUGUUGAGCUUUCAGUUCCUGGAGAUGUUGAAGCAUUUAUGACGGUGCAUAGCCAAACUUAAGCUGUGUACCUGAAGCCAUAUAGUUUCUUCCUCACCAGAAGUGAUGGUUCAGUUAUGGGGCAGCCCUCUAGCAAGGCAUUGUAAAAGUGUGUUCAGUUGUUUAAUAAAAGCUCAAGUAUCUGAGAAUAAGGA